AUGUUCGCAGCGCACAUUGUCAAAGACAACGACACAGUCAUCAAAGAGUUCAAUGAGCUCGUCAAUAUGAGUCCAGAUCAGUUGAAGGAAUGGCUCGGUGGAGAAGAUUCUGCCGGCGCAGGCUGGUCCAAGGACGAUGGCUCUGGUGAGACCAUUGGGCAUGAGAGCGGUCGUAAGAUCAUCGAGAUCUUGGAGAAGAAUCCCAAGAAAGACCCCAGCAAGUAUGACGAGGAAGAUAUCACGCACAUGCGCAAGGUGGUCGCAUAUAAUAAGAGACACCUAGCACAGGAGUCGAAAGCGAAGCAAGAUCCCGAUAGCAAGAGUGCUAAGUCUUUGAAGAAUUGGGGCCAUGACCCUCAGCAAGCCUAG